AUGGUCAAAGACGACAGCACCGUCAUCAGUGAGUUCAAUGAGUUGGUGAAUAUGACACCCGAUGAGCUUCGCGACUGGCUCAAGGAAGAAUCUUCCCAACAGUCUGGCUGGGCCGGCGAAUCGGGAGAGACGAUCGGUCACGAGAGCGGCCGCAAGAUUGUUGAUAUUCUCGAGAAGAACCCAGAUCGGGACCCCUCGGGAUAUGAUGAGUCGGACCUCGGGCAUAUGCGCAAGGUGGUCGCGUAUUGCAAGCGUCAUCUGGCCCAGGAAGAGAAGGCCAAGCAGAAUCCCGACAGCAAGAGCUACAAAUCCCUCAAAAACUGGGGGCAUGACCCGUUGAAGCAGUAA